AUGAUCAUACCGGUGAGAUGCUUCACUUGCGGCAAAAUCGUUGGAAACAAAUGGGAGGCAUAUCUUGGUCUUCUGCAAGCUGAGUAUACAGAAGGUGAUGCUUUGGAUGCUCUGGGUCUGAAGAGAUAUUGCUGUCGGCGAAUGCUGCUUGCCCACGUGGAUCUGAUUGAGAAGCUCCUGAAUUACGCCCCUCUGGAGAAAUAAAUAGCAGAAAGAAUGUAUUAUACUACAUACAUAUGGACCAGCGUGCUGCUAGAACUCCUCAAACUAAGCUGCAGGGGGUUACAAAUGCAGAUCAUGUCCAGUGAAGGAUUUCACUUUCUGGGCAUGCUAUAGGCCCUAGCCACUAACCUCUUGAAAAGAAAUUACUGAAAGAUGAAAUCCACUUACACACAGUUGGGGACUGUAGAUUUAAUUAAAACAGGGAUGGAAGUUCAUCAGAAUCUCAUGGGUUGUGGAGAAUUGUGAUUUUUUAAAAAAACUGUACUUUGUGCCACUGGCAGCAGUUUUAAUAAAGGUUGUAGUUAUAGCCACAUUGUGAUUUUGUAAGGAUUGUCUUUCAUCUCAUCCUGUGGUGCUCCUCUUACUCUAUCAAGACUCUCAUACAAGAAACUAAAGAGAACUGACUGCACGCCAACCUAUUUCUGUUGUUCACUCCUGGACUUCCUAUCAUUUUAGGGGUGGGGUGGAAAUAACUUCUCUGGUGUUGAUCCACACUAUUACAUUAUAUGAAGUUAUCUUAAAGACGUGAGAUCCAGUUGAGUGACAAGUACCAUGACUUGUGAUAUGAAAAAGUAAUAAAAAUGGAGGAUGGAUUUUGUUUGCUUAGAAAAGCCAGUCUGUGGGUUUAAAGGGGGGGGCAUUAUCCAUCAAACUCAAUCUAUUGCAUUCAGACUGAGGGAACAUCUUCUAAGCUACCAGUGUAUAUUGCUCUCACAAUCUUCUUCCUUCCAUUUCUCUAGCAUGUCACAUUGCAAAACUGGCAGUCCAUUUUCCAGAACUGUGGUGUAAGCUCCAGUUAAAGAGGAGGUGAGCAGAUUCAGUAAUUCAGGGCAGGUAAAAGGCCUGCUUUCUUGUCAGUGCAAAAUAAAAAGG